GCGCAGGGAGUAGCGAAAGUACUAGAAAGGUUGGCUAAAUACAACCUAACAGUCAGCGGGCCGAAAUCACUACUGUUCCAAGGGAGGUAACGAUCUUGGGUUUUAGGUGCUUCUUGGAAGGAAGGAGCUCCGAUCCGAAGAAAGUGGAUAAACUUCUGAAUUGGCCUAUGCCUCUAAAAACGAUUGGGGAAGUAAGGAGCUUCCUAGGGGUCUGCAGCUUCUAGCGGAUCUUCAUCCCCGGGUUUGCCAAGAUAGUCGAUCCCCUUAGAGAAAUGGUGCGACAAGGAGCUAGCUUAGAGUGGUCUGACCAGAGAGAGAAGGCUGCGCGGAUACUUCAAGACAAGCUAAGAGAUGGCGGGGUCGUAUUAGGAGUACCCUACUUCGACGAUGAAAAGGAGAGGCCCUUCAUCAUUGAAGCCGACGGCGGUCCGAUAGCAUUAGGAGGAGUGCUCGUGCAGCGAAAUGAGAAUGGUAAAGAAAGGCCACUUAGAUUUGAGAGUCGCACCCUUAAUUCGGUUGAGAGAGGCUAUAUUCAGUUCAGGAAGGAACUCCUAGCGAUCAUGCAUUGCCUCAGGGUGUUUAGACACUAUGUUAUGGGGCGGAGAUUCAUUCUAAGAACGGAUUCCACAGCGGUAAUCGGAGCUGUUAAGAGGCAUCAGCAAGUAGAUGCUACGGUCAGUAGGUGGAUAACUCACAUAUGGACGUAUGAUUAUGUACUACAAAACGUACUUACUGAAAAUAAUCGAGCCGAUGGAUUGAGCCGCAUAGAAUGGGGAUCAAUAGAUGAUAAAUCUCUUGAGGAGACGCCCUUCGUUGACGAGUUCCUUAUGGAAGACGAUGAUGAAGGACUGCCUCCAGCUCCCAGUUGUUAUACAACCUCAGCCAUAGCAACAAGCAAGGAAGACUGCUGGGGAGAAAAGGAAGACCCUUACCUCCACUACCUCCUAACUCGAGAGGAUGAGGAGGAAGGAUGGUAUGGUAUGGCAGAACAAGCCGCUGUUGCAGCCCAUGAGCUGGCAAAAAAUUCAAGGAUGGUUGAACGAAGGCUGAAUGAGAUAGAGGAAGAGUCGGAAGACCCUGAGCAAGAUAAGGACGCAGAGGAGAGAUUUAAGAAGGAUGAGUAUGAUGGGGAAUAUAAGAGGGUCGGUAUGGUAAUGAGCAGUAAUCAGUUGGACGAAUUCUAUCAUGAGAGAACAAAGAGAACCUCUAGGCUGCGUAGGGGUCACCUUUUUGUGGAUGCUAAGGAAGGACUACCGCCACUGAGAGUAGUGUGUGGUAAGGAAAGGCAACUAGAGGUGAUCGCCGCACUGCAUGAGGGUCUAGCAGGGGGUCAUAGGGGUGCUGAUGCUAUAUACUAUAAAGUAUCUCGUCUAUAUCACUGGGAUGGUCUAAGGGAUAUGGUUAUGAGAUAUUGUAAGUCAUAUGAAGCCUGUCAGAAAAGAUCAUCUAUGAGAUUGAUUGAACCCCUAUACCCCACUGUUCUUAUUGAACCUGGCAGUACUGUUCACCUUGAUCUAAUUACUAUGCCACCUGGUAAGGAUGGAAUGAAAUAUGUACUAAACAUGAGAGAGAACAUGUCUGGUUAUGUUGAAGCAAAAGCCAUCCGUAAGAAAACUGCAAAGACAGUGGCAGAUUGGAUCGAGGAAAUCUAUCUAAGGUACCCCUUCAUACGUGAGUUUGUGGCUGAUCANAAAGCCAUCCGUAAGAAAACUGCAAAGACAGUGGCAGAUUGGAUCGAGGAAAUCUAUCUAAGGUACCCCUUCAUACGUGAGUUUGUGGCUGAUCAGGGAUCAGAGUUCAAGAACGAGAUGGUCAGGAGGCUUAUGUUCAGACUUGGAGUCAGGAUCAGAUUUGUGACACCAUAUCAUCCUCAGGCUAAUGCACCAGUGGAAAGAGGCCACAUGACACUAAAGGAUGCUAUAUCGAAAUGGUGCCAAGGUGACUCCAGGAACUGGCCAUGUUUCUUGAGGGCGGUUGUCUAUGCUGACAAUGUGACUGUCAAACGGACUACAGGUUAUGCGCCCAUUACACUCUGGUAUGGCAGAUAUGCUACUUCUCCCAUUGAGAACCUCGUUGAGACCUGGACCCAUGAGGCACAGAGAGAGUCGUACUCCACAGAGGAGUUACUGAGGCUGAGGAUCAGGCAGAUUAAGGAAGUGGAUGAGGCCAUAAUUGAGGCCACCAAGAGGAUGUCAGACAACAGAUUAUCUGAUCAGACACGGUGGAACAGCAAGAGGUACAUCAGGAAGGAACGACUUCAGGCUUAUCGAAAGCCUCUUUACGAAGAUCGCUUUCUCGAGGUUUCCUACAUUUACUCUGGUGGGAGAGGACGUAUUGAGAUAUUGAUUGGAGCUUCAGGUGAUAUCAUUCUUGCGGAGGAGCUUUAUCUCAGGAGCGUCGCAGACGAGGAGAUGGCUAGAUGCAUGGCCUACAUCUGCAAGAUUGAUCCAGCAGCAUCUCUCGACAUCAGCUACGUGGUUCCAGAGUCGAUAGCCACGCGAGUUCUCAAUGACGAGGAGCCAGAUACGGAGUCCCAAACGGCAACACUUUCUCACGAGGGGGUACCACUUAUCAUCAUUAAUUGAGGUUCUCUCUUUUCAGUCACUAUGAUGUAUUACGACAUUAUCAUUUAUUAGUGACUGCAGCCCUCCGAUAGCUGUUCCCUGCAUACACUGUGUACUACUCUUCAGUCUCGUUUCUCUGGUCAUGCUCUUGCAGAGUCUGGUUUCUGGUCCUCUCAUUUUCUCAGUGUCAAUUGCUCUAUGAUGUAUGUAUGUAUGCUAUUUUCCUCCUUAUGAUGAGCAGGCUACACUCAAAGCAGCUUGAAGGACUCCUGGAUGAUAGGGACUCCGGUGACCUUGAGUCUAACCUUUAUACGGGGUCAGGUGCAGGCGAUAAACUCGAACGC